CAAGUAAGUUGUAAACAGUGACUAUAAAAUAUAUCACGCAUUGUUACAUUCAAAUAUGGAUUCUAUAUUAUUUCCACUGAAGUUAUAUUUCCUUCUGGUUAUAGCUGUUUAUGCACAGGGAACUAGGAAUGUCGCCAUCGGUAAAACAGCUUCACAGAGUAGCAACUACCGAAAAAACAAAUGGCUCGCUCCAACAGCGAUUGAUGGUAUUGUCGGGAACAACUCUUGGUUUAGCGGUACGUGUUUUCACACGACUAAAGAGUACCAACCGUGGUGGAGGGUGGAUCUACAAUUAGACUACUACAUCACAAGUGUCGUUAUACAUAACCGACUAGACUGUUGUACAAACCGUGCAGGGAACAUUAAACUUACAAUCGGUAAAAGUUUGAACUCUAUGAAGCAAGCAGGUUACCUAGAUGGUAGGUUGACCACUCAUACGUUCACCCUUGACCCACCAUUGGUAGGACGUUUCUUGCAAUUGCAAUUGAUUGGUAUAGAGAGAUACUUUCAUCUGUGUGAGGUAGAAGUCAUCGCAUAUCCUUCAGGAACGAGUAAUGUCGCCCUUGGUAAAACAGCUUCACAGAGCAGCAACUACGGAAACUCCUAUUGGCUCGCUUCAACAGCGGUUGAUGGUAAUGUCGGGAACAACAAAAUUUCUAGCGAUUCGUGUUUUCACACGACUAAAGAGUACCAGCCGUGGUGGAUGGUGGACCUACAUCAAGACUACUACAUCACUAGUGUCGUUAUUCAUAACCGACUGGACAACUGUGAUGGACGGGCAAGGAACAUAAAGCUUACAAUUGGUAAACGUUUGGACUCAAUGUACCAGGUGGGAUAUCAAGACGGCCUGUUGACCACUCGUACGUUCACCGUUGACCCACCCUUGGUAGGACGUUACGUGCAAUUGCAGCUGAUUGGUGUAAUGGAGUUUUUUCAUCUAUGUGAGGUUGAGGUCAUGGCAUUUCCUUUAGACAUAGCACAAAUUGAAUUUCAAAGGAUAUCGGACAAUCAACAAUACACCCCACAAUCAGUCACUGAGAUACUUGUUGACCAUCUUAGUAAUGAUACAUUCCGGAUUAUGUGUACGUUGAACAACAUGACUAAUAUGAAAACUUUUGGUUUCUUAGUCAUGUGGCAGGGUGCUUAUUCCUUGAUUGGCGAAAUGCACAAUGUUGAGCCAUCAAUAACAGAAAUAUACAAGAAACCUGGUUCGUAUUCAAAUGGUUCUAGCUGGACCGCUGUCGGUCGCUUUGACAAUGAGACAAGAAAUGGUCGUUACUCAGCACUUGGUGUGUCUAGGCCGCUGUCCUCAAUGACUUGUUCAGAUGCGGGGGUGUAUUCCUGUGAUGUUGGGUACAUAAAUUCUUCCUCUAUAAUGGUAUUUCACACAGGAACUAUAAGGAAGGAACUUAAGGUACAAGUAACCCAUUCAAAAAUCACAAAACGAAUCUUUGAUGUAAGCAACGAUGAAGAUGGGAUAAGUUCUGAAUUAACAAACUCAACUCCAAUUGUUCAUGUGGGUCAGAAAUUGAGGCUGCAAUGCACGGCCAACACUGGAUCUUUCAACACAUCGGUGCAAAUUGUUUGGAUGAAAAGAAGUCUUGCGAACGGUGGCCAUCUUUCCCCUUUUUUCUCGGAUAAACACAUAAUCGGAGAACCAAAGGCUUUUGGCAUAUGUGAGUUUGAAAAGACUGACUCGAUAAUAUACGAAGUUAGUCAAGAAGACGCUGAAAGAACUCCAAAAAACGGUCUGCAUUUUCAGUGCUACGUUCAUAUUAAGUCGAUAGGCUGGAAAACACCUGAAAAACAAAGACAAAAUUUCAGAUUUGUUGUCCAGUUUCCUGUUAAUACGACAGUAAUAUCGGGAAUUAUUGGAGGUGUUUGUGCUUUGGUUAUUCUCGGAGCCGCCGGGAUUCUCCUGAAGAGAAAGAUCUCCAAUGGCUACUGUCAUAAAGCUGAUGAGAAGUCUGACGAAACCAGUCGUAAUCCGGAUGCACCAGUUGACACCGUCCCAUCCGCAAGAGACUCGGAAAUAUACACAGAAAUAGAGUUUCCUGUUAAUAGGACAGUUAUAUCGGGAAUUCUUGGAGGUGUUUGUUCUUUGGUUUUUCUUGGAGCCGUCGGGAAUCUCCUGAAGAGAAAGAUCUCCAAUGGCUGCUGUCCUAAAGUUGAUGAGAAGUCUGACGAAACCAGUCGUAACCCGGAUGCACCAGUUGACACCGUCCCAUCCGCAAGAGACUCGGAAAUAUACACAGAAAUAGAGUUUCCUGUUAAUAGGACAGUUAAAUCGGGAAUUCUUGGAGGUGUCUGUUCUUUGGUUUUUCUUGGAGCCGUCGGGAAUCUCCUGAAGAGGAAGAUCUCCAAUGGCUGCUGUCCUAAAGCUGAUGAGAAGUCUGACGAAACUAGUCGUAACCCGGAUGCACCAGUUGACACCGUCCCGUCCGCAAGAGACUUGGAAAUAUACACAGAAAUAGAAGAAACCUCCGACAGUCAAGCAAACCGCACAAGUGAAUCGAGUUUCACCGUUCAGACAACGGAACCAUCACAAUACGAAGAAUUAAGCGCGAGAAGAUCAAAAACAUACACAGAAAUAGGAAAUGGAAUGCAAUGAUGAUCUUUAUAGUCCGAUGUGCGAAAACAUUCGCAAAUAAAGACUAUAAAAAGCUGCAUCAGUUUCUUGUUAAUGUUAUUUACCACACGUGAGACAAUCACAUGUUUAAAUUAAACAUUGAAAAGUAUGACCACAUACCAACUGGUCGACACAAUUUCUUACAUUAAUUGCAAAUGUGGUUUCAGAAUGUUUUUGUCGUAAUACAUCUUCAUGUAAUCAGUAAUGUCCCGGGUCAAGGAAAAUAUUUACUACUCUAUAAU